CUGGAUCAAAAUCAAUUCAAAAGGUGAUAUUCGUAAUCACCGUGAAAUUUUGCAUCGAAUGAUAUAGUUUUAAGUGAAAAAUAAGAACUUGCAAUUCUUUUGAAUUAGCGGCGCCUUAGUAGUUUUCAUCCAGUCACAUUACGGCUCCUUGAAAAAAAAAUAGUCCCGUGGAGUUCAACUUUUUACCACAGAUACUUCAUACUCUAUCGGUUCUAAAUUAUUUUUAAGCGUUCUCAAAUUGAACUUUCGGCCUGAGAAGGUUUUUAAAAUCGAAGACCGUCUUUUGCACACUUAUUACAUAGGAUUUUUAGCGCUUUCGAAGGAUAGUAUAUUUUUUGAAAAAAAAGUUGGAACAUGGGAUGGGGUCUGCGCUAUCUGUGGUAAAAAGUUGAGCUCCAUGGGAUUAUUUUUUCAAGAAGUUGUAAUGUGACUGCAUGGAAACUAGAGUUUAUUCAGAAAACAGAAAAUCCAUAAAAGAACAUGAUACAAUAUCAGAGUCGGCCCCCACCAGUCUAGAAAAAUUUUCAAAGCGACAGAUGCCGACCGGCUUUUUGCCGUUUUUCGAACUUAUAGCAUUUUUCUCAAAAAAAGAUAAAACAACUAAGAGAAAUAAGAAAAAGCGAGUGAAGACCACUUUUUCCUUAAAGAUAUUUAGUUUUACUGAUAAAAGUUCUCAACCGGUCGAUUUUUUUGCAGGUUUUCACCAUGUCGGUUUUCCACCGGUCUAAAAAGAUUUUUGAACCGGCCUCUUAGUUUUAGACCGGUUGCAACUCGGUACAAUAUCCUGAGAAAAAAUACAUGGAUUUUGCUUUUCGAUAUUCUGUCUCUUGUAUAAAUUUUUUCUGACAGUUAUGAUCAGUUUCGAUUAUCAAAUGUACUAGUUUUAACUGUGACAGCUUUCAACUGUACCAGUUUUACAGUUUAGCAGUUACAGUUAACGGUAAUUGUUGCGUACUUAAAAUUAAGCUGACUCUCUAGGUUGAGUAUUUUUGAUAAAGUAUUGAAGUGCUGUCGUCUAUUAAGACAUCCAUUCGGCUUUUUAAAAACAGUAGCUGCGUGAACCAGACUUAAUUCUGCUGGCCUCAGCAUUUUGUACUCUGAAAAACUAUUGAGAUUCAAAAAAGACAUCUCAGGUACAAAAUAGUGACUACAUCAUGUCUAAUGCAUCUAAUGUGUGUUUUGUUAAAGACAGUAGAAGUAAUGGUUCGUUAAUGCCUUGAAAACGGUGUAAGAAGAGUCAGUAAACAGUCUGUUCAGGACUGCUCAGAAAUGCUCAAUAUGAGAGAUCAUGUCGUUUGUAGUAACUGUUGAAUAUUCGGUUUCUGCUUGUUAUUUCAUCCUCCGAUUAGGAAGAAAAGUUGACAUUAACGUGAAAUCUUUUGACCGUUCUCAUGAUGAGUUGACACUCUGCUGUACAAGUUUCCUAGUUUAGUAGUACCAACCAUUUAUUGAACACCACUAAUGAGAUGUAGAAUGCAAGUUUUGAAAAUUAGUAGAAAGAACUAUUUUUCUCAUUCAGAUGAGCAGAUAUAUUCAAAUAAGAAUAAUGAGCUAGACAGAAAUGAUCUGUUGUUAAAAGUACAAUAAUGGUCUAAAAAUCUCAUCCUUUUAAGUGGUCCAGAAAACCGGUCACUUUUCGACCGUAAAAUAUUCCUGGUUAUUCAGUCUAAAAAUAAUCAUAACGGCGUAAACGCAAUCAUUUAACAUCUAAUUCAUGAUGUUUUAACGUGUCUUUAAUAAAACCAUUAACUUCAUCGUUUAUAAAAUCUUGGGAUUGUUCAUUUGUUUAUCGGACCAAAAUUUGUUACAUACAUAGUAAUCAAUUAUAAAGAAUUCGAAUUUGCAGUCGGUUUCUAUUUCAACAAGUUUUCAAAAGUUUUCGAUUAGUUUGCCAUGUUUGAUGACAGCGGUAUUUUAUUGAAAAAUUGUUGCCUCUGACGUCGGUGUGACUUAUAUGUCCAUUCGCAUGCAUCCAGUAUAUCGACGAGUGCUUGGAGAGGUUGAAAGAGAAUGAGACACCAAAAUUUACAGAACAUCUUCGACAGUUAGAUGAGUCGUACAUUUUUAACUCUGAGUAAAGCCACUUAAUAAAUCAAAUAGAUCUUUAGAAAGUAUUCGAUCGAUUUUGUAGUGACCUAAAAUGUCAAGCUCUUAUUAUUUUUAGGCGAUGUGCAACAAAUAAACGUUUGAUAACGCGACAAUUGAUUGAAUCGAUGACGUUCAAAAAUAUCUAGUAAAUAUUAAAGUAAACUUUUUUUCAUCAUUAAUUUUACUUGUUUUUUGCUUCAGUAUCGAAGUUGAAAAAUUUAUUAAUUUAACUACUCGUCGUCGUUCACCCGCAGCCGUCAUACUCGAUAGUCAGUUGAUGAUUGCUCUUGUUUAUGUCUAUGAAAAAACGGUCAAAAUAUUUCUAAAUGAUGUUGAAAAUUUUCGUAAAGAAGUAUUUGUCAAAAAGGUAAUUGAUGAAACUGAAUUAGUCACUCAUAAACGUAAAAAAACGGCUGAUCAAGAAAUACCAUCUGGAAGAACAAUGAUAAUUAUUCCUACCGAUGACAUGCAAAUGUUACCAGCCGAUAAUGUAUUGGCACGUGACUGGGAUUUUGAAAUUUAUCAAUCACUCGUUACUGAUUCAUCGAUAUCAGCAAAUAAAAAACAACGUCGACAAACUGAUUAUGCUGCCAUUCAAUUACCAACAAUUACUGAAGAAGCAUUACCACCAUUUGAUUUACAAAUAGAUGCAUUCGGCCCAUUGGGAAAAAUUGAUGAAAUAGAAAGAACAACUUUACAUCAACAGUGGGAAAAUGAUGAGAUUAUCGGAGCUCCAAAAGCUGAUCGGCAUGGACAAUUUGAUUUUGAUGAUCGACCCCAAGAAACAACAUUUACUCGACGGCGUAAACAAUCACAAUCCGAAUUUGAUUUAUUCAUGAGUGAAAUGAUGCUAUUAUUAGAAACAACAAAAAAUGUGUACUUAACACAGAUGUCAACAAUAGCCACGAAAACUGGACCUUUAAUAAUGUUGAGUGGUACAAAUGUAUUAACCAGUAUUCAAUCAUUACGUAUUAUUACUGCUGAUCAAACAUCUCUGUUACCACUGGAUCAAAUGAUGGACGUUAUUCCACCACUUCAAACCGAUCAGCCUACAGUUGAUGCAGUCGUUAUUGAAAAGCAGGCAAAAUCGAAAAAGCCAAGUAGGAGGAAAAUAGCUAUAUCAAAAAAGCUUGAUUUAGUCAAAGAUCCAAGUGUUUGGUACAAAGUACAAAAUGAUAAAUUUCAAUUUGAUAUUGAUAUUCAGACAAAAAAAGGUAUUGAUAAAGUUCAGUAUGAUAGUAGUAACGAUUCAUGUAAAAAAUUAUUGAAUGAUAUCCGAAAUCAACUUGAAAGAAUUCGAAGUCCUUUACUACCAAUACAAGAAUCGAAGGAAAUGGAAAUAGAUGUACCAGCACGUCUUGGACCGGCGAGUAGCUUAUUGCCUACUGAUAACCGUUCAGCAUCAAUAACUGGAAAGCCAUUAGAACGAUCACCGUCACGUUAUCCAGAUAGCCUUGAUAUGCCAGGAAGACCAACUAAUGAAAUGCCAGCGAUGCAGGGCGAUUUAGUAUUGCCAAACGAUAUGCCUCCAUUCGAUACGUAUGGAGUAUUAACAACAACACAACAAUAUUUAAUUCAAAGUAUUUUGGCUUUGGCUUCACAGGAUGGAGGUGGUAUAUUUAAUGAAUUAUUACGUGUACAAGGACUAACAAAAAUUCAUGCAGCAAGAUUAUUUUCCGAAUUAUUGUGUUUAUGCGCUGAACAAAAAGUUUAUGCUGAGCAAACAGUAUCUUACACUGAUAUAAGAAUAACAAGAAUUCUACAAUAA